AGGCGCCCUGCGCAUGCGCAGCUAGAGAGCAGGAAGUAAACAAGCAGCGUGCCCCCUUCCAGCCCGCGUGCAGCCGCAGAGGAUACUCCGAGACGCAGAACCAACUCUCCAUCGUCAUGACGAUGGCAGACUCCCCUGAGAAGAGGAGGAGGGAGAUGGAGCGCUGUCCCACACCGGUGGACAUCCCAACACCAGACAGAGAGGAGAGGAAGAGGAGGAGAAGGGAGGAAGAGCAGGUCGUCAUGGAGACCAGUGAGCCAGAGAAGAAGAAGAAGAAGAAGAAGAAGAAGAAAAAGGUGGAAGAGGAGGAGCGUCUUCCUGUUGAUGAAGAUGAAAGCAGCCAGAAGAAGAAGAGGGAGGAAGAGGAGGAGAGUCUUCCUGUUGAUGAAGAUGAAAGCAGCCAUAAGAAGAAGAAGAAGAAGAAGAAGAGGGAGGAAGAGGAGGAGAGUCUUCCUGUUGAUGAAGAUGAAAGCAGCCAGAAGAAGAAGACGGAGACGCAGGUCGUCAUAGAAACCAGUGUGACAGAAAAAAAGGAGAAGAAGAAGAAGAAAGACAAGACCGGACUGAGUGUCGCCAUGGCAACAACACCCCAGAACCACAGAGAAGCAGACGUCCAGAAGAAGAAGAAGAAGAAGAAGACAGCUGGGAGAGUGGAGGAAGUGAUGUCACAGGAAGAUGAGAGUCUGGUAGAGAAGAAGAAAAGAAAAGACGAGAGGAGGAGAGAGAUGAAGAAGAAGAAGACGGUAGGAAGAGGAGGAAGAGGAGGAGAGAAGAGGAGAGAAGACGCAGUAGAGCAUGUGGACGCGUCCCUGUUGGACGAGCUGCAGGAGUUUGUUCCGGACGUGAAGAAGAAAUCAGUCGAUGAGGUCAGGAAACUGCUGAGAUACGACCUGCAUCGCUUCAGAAACUUCAAACAGCAAGGUGUGUCUCUGCGUUGGGGCCGUUGCUCUCGGGAGGAGAACGAGCAGAUCGGGAAGAACGUGGCUGACUUCCUGGCUCUGACGGGCAUCAGCUCGGCCAAUCAGCUUCUGUUUCCUCAGAGAUACAAAGAUCAGGAGCGACAAAUCAGGAAGCUGAGAGUACAACAUCAUUUCCUGGAGAGGAUCGCUGAGGGGAUCCCUCGUACUUGUCAUCAGGUUGCCAUGAGAGUCAAGAAGAUGUUUGACGAAAGGAACAACAUGGGACAGUUCUCGGAGGAGGAGGUGCGUUCUCUGACGAAGUUACAAAAUCUCCAUGGUAACGACUGGAAGAAGAUCGCUGAGAAGAUGGACCGCAGCGUGUAUGCCUUAGAGAAACGCUUCACCCACAUCGCUGAGGGACGGGGGUCGUGGAGUCCAGAAGAAGAGUCCCGGUUGAAGCGGGCUGUGAAGGCUUACCUGGAGGAUCUGGUCCAGCAGAGUCCUGGUCCUGGUUUGACCAGAGACCAGCUGUGUAACAACCUGCCCUGGAAAAACAUCAGCCAGCAGGUUGGGACCCGGUCCUGGACCCAGUGCCGACUCAAAUGGUUCUCUCUGCUGAAGUACAGACUCGGUUCCCCGGUCACCUUUAACAGAGGACCCGCAGGACUCGAGGCUAAAAUCCUCCUCAUCAACACGCUCUUCAACAUGCGUGUGGAUGACAUGGCCGACAUCGACUGGGACGACGUCGCUCAGGCUAUUGGUGACGUGACUCCGAUGUGCGUUCAGAAGACUUUCCACAGACUCAAAGUUUCCAGAGUUCCCAACUGGACCAGUUUAUCCUACGGAGAGAUCAUUGACUUCCUGCAUCAGAAAGUGGCUCCGCUCCUAAAGGAGAGACUGAAGAGAGAGGAGGAGGAGGGGGGGGGGAAGGGGGAGGAGAGGGGGGGGGUGCAGGGGGAGAAACGCUACCUUCUGUCUCACAUCUUCCCCUCGGAGAACAGCGAGGACGCAGACGACUUCCGGGAGCUGGACAACAGUUAGCUGACAGCCAAUCAGGACGCAGCAGACCCCUCCCUUUCUUUAGUGCGUUUGGCUGUCAGCGCUCGGACUGAACACAGACACCUGUGACAUCACUGAUCCCGACAGGAAGUGUAUUCAUACUUUAAUUUGAAGGCCUGAUGAGUUUUGUAACUGUGAUGAAAUGUUUUGUAAAUUUUGAUAAAAGAUGAAAGAAAGCUGUCCUGCAGUGAUCCAUAUGACUGAUUAAAGGUGA